UGAGAGGAUGAGAAACAUCGACUGGUUGCCUCCUGUACCUGCGCUGACCAGGGAUCGAACCCACAACCCUCUGAUGUACAGGAUGACGCUCCAACCAACUGAGCCACCUGGCCAGGCUACUAAGAGCUUCUUGUAUGUCCUUCCAGAACUGGAGGAGUCCCCAAAGGGAAUGAGGUAACGGGCCCAGAGGAAUGGAGAAGUGCUAAGCUGACAAAAUUAUCAGAUGUCCGCUGCACACGUACACAGCAGGGUGGUGCAGCUUGAGCCAAGCGUAUUCUGCUAGGAUUCUCACUGACCUCCAGCCUAGUGAGCAUGCUCCCCAGCACUGUGUGUGUUUGUUUUAGAGAGAAGGUACACAAAGGAUAUGGUCCCUGCCACCUAGAGACUAGGAUAGUAAGGGGAACAGAAUAGAAAGGGUCUCUACUAAGUGGAAUAAAGCUGUGGCCUGUAAACUUUCUUGGAUAAAAAAUGUCUGGGCAUAUAUAUGCUAAUACAUAUACUAUAAAUCACACUUGCAAUAGAAAAUUUAAAGGUCAAGGUAAAUAUUUUAAAGCAUUUUAAACUAUAUUAUUUGUAAUUCAAAGAAUAUUUCUGUCACUAAAAAUGGGGGGGGGGGGUGAGUGAGAGAUUCAAGGUCACAUUCAGCUCUGGGUGUGUUAUGUAUUUAUUGAUUUCUAGAGAGAAACAUCUAUUUGUUGUUCCACUUAUUUAUCCAUUCAUUGGUUGAUUCUUGUAUGUGCCCUCAUCAGGGAUCAAACCCACAACCUUGGGGUAUCAGGAGGGCACUCUAACCAGUGAGCUACCCGGCCAGGGCCUCUGCAUGUUUCAAUCAUUCUAUAGAUGACAGGAUAUGAGUAUAUUGAUUUCUCUGAUAACAUUACCACCAAUGGGAAUAAUUGUGAACCUAAUUUUAAAGUUUAUUUGAUAGUUGCUCUUUGAGCCUGCCCGCUCUCGCUCUCCUCCUGAGAGUGUACUUUCACUUUAAUAAAUCUUGCCACUGCCGCUUGAACUCCUAAAAAAACGUUUAUUCAAAGGCAUGUGUCAAGAUCUGUGUGUCAUCGGGAAAGGACAAAUGGGUGGCUUCUCAGAGUCAGCAAGGAGACAUUUAUCUUGGUGAAUUCUAGCACCUUGACAAAGCAAAAGACAAACCAAAAUGAGAAGUUGCCUGUUAUUGAGUGCUUACUCUAUACCAGGCCUUCAGCUACAUAAGCAUUUUACUUACACAGUGUCAUUUAUUUUAACCCCAUUAAAAACCCUUGGCUAUGGUUUUCAUAUCCUCAGGGAGAAGACACUGAGGCAGAGUGAACAUGAACCACACCACUUGGUGAGUGAAGGAGCUAGGACACACAUAAUAGCAAUCGUGAGCGCAUCUUGAGCUCUUACUAUGACAGGUUGCACUGUAAGCAUCUGACUUGAACUAACUCGUUUAGUCUGCACAACAGCUCUCAGAUGCGUGCUAUUAUUUCCCACUAAUAAUGAGGAAUUGGAGGUGCCAAUAAGUUAAUGACUUGCCCAAAGUCCACAUGUAGUAAGUGGGGGUGCUGGUCUCACUCCUUGGCCCCACUUUCUAACUCCUUGCGCUACCAUCUCCAAAAGCCCAUGACACUGCAAAAUAGUGCCUGGUGCUUCCUCCCUUGCACACUCGAAAUUUGAUCUAAAUAUUCUUCCAGAGUUCCAGGCUCAGUCAGGGAUGCUGAAUCAUGCUGACUCUCAAGAGACUGACUGAUGGAUAAGCCAGAGUAUCAGUUUAAUAAUUUCCAAGGGUGGGCUGGAUAGUUGCAUCAGCCUGACCUGCCUGUUGUCUCCCAAUACACAGGGACCAGCAUCAGCAUAAGGUUGCCUGGUGGACAUAGAAAUGGAAUGGUGUUUGAGUUCUCUACCUGGAUCGCUUAAUGACCUCAGUAUUCUAUGUCCUGAUAUGUCUAUCUCCACAAUCUCUGUACAUUAUUUUCUGUAUCUGCAGUAAGUUUUUGUUGGCCAGAGAGAGCAGAUCAAACUCUGGAUAUAUCUCAAUGGCUGACUAGUUUCCUCCACAUGGCCCCUUCUUUAAAUAGAUUAAUGAUUCAAUCAAUCUGUCAAAGUGGUUGCCCUGGACAUCAUGCCUUCUCUUGGAGGUGACUUUUCCUAGCCUUGCUCUCUGAUUUGCUAUUAAAUCACCCAAAAAUAUUUAUGAGCACGUCUAUGAGCAAAUAGAAGUACCGAGGAGGGAGAGACGUUUUAGUGAAUUACCAUAUAAACAAAUGAAAAAAAAAUGAGGUGAUUUUGGAUUGUGAUAAAUGCUAUGAACAAUGUUCAGAGGAAGAUAACUAGACUGAGGACUGGGAUAGAGGAAGAUACAGGGAAUGUCUCUCUGAAGAGGUGAAGUCUGACCCGAGCCCUGCAUGCCAAGAAGGACUUGGUCAUGUGAACAUAGAGUUUAGUUCUCAGGGGAAGCAUUUUAUGUCUAUAUUGGAAGUGGAAGUUCAUUGCAAGUCUCUGCAGAGACAAUGUGGCACAAAUUAGGCAAAUAUGGUUGCAAAACUCCACACGCAUCAUUUCACAUGCAGCAUGUGCACUGGAUUACAUAUGUGAUAUCAGGGCUAUCUUGGGGUUUCCAAGGCAUGUGAUUACUAUAAUGAAUAGGCUACGGUGGGUUGGCCUUGGCACCUGACCCCACAUUGUUGAGAUGGGAAGUGUGCUUCUAGCUGCUAGAAAGCAACAUUUUGGAAUACAACCGCUUGCCAUUUGGGACCAUAGCUCUUUUCCCCAACUAGAUUACAUGUUCUCUCAGAGAAAAGUCUGAGUUUUAUACAUUUUGGAAUAUCGCAAAGCACCUAGCAGAGUUCUGGGCACGUAAAAUAAGAAAAACAAAGUCCGCUGGGUUUGCCUUAACUUUGGAACCUACACUUGGAGGGACCAAGUCCUCCGCGCGGAGCUGCUCUUCACCCUCCGGCCGCGCGGGGGCGCAAUGGGAAUCCCGCGCGCCGAGCACGAGCGGCUGGAGCCGGUCUUGGCCUUGUGUCAACACGGCGCUGGUGGCGGCUUCGAGGAGGGGCUGGGACGCCCCGCAGACCCGCGCGCAGUCCGAGGGAGAGCAGGCGCGGCCCCGCCGCGGACGGGCGACUGGCAGCCAUGGCGGAGUCGGCGUCGGCUCGGUAUCAGAAUACAAAAGAGCAUACUUUUUAAAUUAAAAAGUAGCAGCCAGGUACUCGUUAUGAGUCUGCUGGACUCUCCCUGGUGUUGGGAAGUGGCGCUGACUGACCGACCGGGUCUGGCUCUUCAGCACAGGAGGAAGCGCCGUGCCACACCCUUGGCUUCUCCCUCGCCGCCCCCACAAGAGACAGAGGCCGAAGAGAUGUCACUCCAGUCAGUGAUGGCCGCCCUCCAGGCCGUGGAGAAGAAGAUGGAGGCCCAGGCUGCCCAGCUGCAGAGCCUGGAGAGACGCAUGGAGACAGCGGAGAAGAAGCUGGCUGACUUUGAGAAGACAGCCGUGGAGUUCGGGAACCAGCUGGAGGGCAAGUGGGCCGUGCUGGGGACCCUGCUGCAGGAGUACGGGCUGCUGCAGCGGCGGAUGGAGAACAUGGAGAACCUGCUGAGGAACAGGAACUUCUGGGUCCUGCGGCUGCCCCCGGGCAGCACAGGGGAGGCCCCCAAGUUGCCCAGGUCACUCGAGAAUGAUGGAGUCUGCUUCUCGGAGCAGGAGUGGGAGAAUCUGGAGGACUGGCAGAAGGAGCUGUACAGAAACGUGAUGAUGAGCAACUAUGAGACGCUAGUCUCUCUGAAGGUCCUUGGCCAGCCAGAAGGAGAAGCGGAGUUGGGUACAGAGAUGCUGGGAGACUUGGAGGAGGAAGGCCUUGGUGGUGUCCAUCCAGCAGAAGGGGUUGUGAUUAAGCAGGAGGUAGAGUACCCGCCGGAACGCUCUGAGGAUCUUCCAGGAGAGCUCUCAGGCCCCGCGGAAGAGCCGGCUUUCCUGGGCCCGGAGCAGACUGAGCUCUGGAACACUCAGGGGGGCUCUGUCCUCUUGGAACCAGGGGCCGGGGACGCUAAUCUAGAGGAGCCCACUGAGGGCAGCAGAGACCCUGGCAGUGACAGAAAUCUGGACGGCCCCCCGAAGCAGAAAUCUAAUAGGCCAGUGCAACUGGCUCCGGAAUGUAAUCCGGCCCUGAAGCUGAAUAGGGAAGAUUUUGGCCCCUACGAUUGUCCUGAGUGUGAGCUCAGCUUCCGCUGUGAGCAGCAGCUGGCCUAUCUGCGGGCCCACCCAUCAUGGGAGUCUUCCACCACCUCAGAGCCAGAGGAGGGUCUUAGGUCCAGGCCACUGCUGAAGCCCCAGUCCAAGAAGGGGAAGCAGCAUCAGUGUGACGUGUGCAUGAGGAGCUUCAGCAGCAAGGUGAACCUGGCGAAUCACCAGCGCUGCCAUUUGCAGGAGGGGCCCAGUGGUGGCCAGCGUGUCCAGGAGAGGUUCUCGCCCAACAGCCUGGUUGCCCUGCCCGGCCACAUCCCCUGGAGGAAAAGCCGGAGUUGCCUCAUCUGUGGUUACUGUGGCAAGAGCUUCAGCCACCCAUCAGAUCUGGUGCGGCACCAGCGCAUCCACACGGGUGAGCGGCCCUACACCUGCCCCGAGUGUGAGCGGAGCUUCGUGCAGAAGCAGCACCUCCUGCAGCACCAGAAGAUCCACCAGCGGGAGCGAGGCGCGCUGGCCUCGGAGCCAGGCAGGCCCAACGGCCUGCUCUAAGGGUGCCAGCCCCCCGCCUGUCCGGGGGGGCUGAGGGGGCUGGCAUUGGUCCCCCGAAGAGACACUGUGCAGAGUCAGGGACUGACUUCUUCCUUGGGGGUGUCAUUUUGAUUUGCCUAUCUUUGGCCAAGCAGCAGGCCGAGCCCAAGUCCUCAGAACUGUGUGGAGGAGGGGCGGGGCCAGGCCUGUCCCUGCUGUCUACCCUGCUGCUGUGUUUGCCGUGUCUUUGGCACCUUCGAGUCUCGGGUUUUCCCAUCCAUGCUGAUACUUGUGCACUGGGAUUGGUUUGAGGGUCUAUCCCAGGGUUUCAGGUCUUCCCACGGGUGGAGUCGGGCCAAAGGAAUGAGCAGGUGUGCAGAAGAGCUCUGGGAAGCAUAACCCUCUGUUUCCUCUUCUGUUGUAGUCUCCUUGUUAAUAACAAGUAGAAGUAAUUUAAGUGAACUGCUCACCUUGCUCUGAAGAACCUUUUUGGAAUUAGAUUUUAGCUGAUUUAAAGAAAAUACGGCCUGACACUUGUUUUUUAAACUUCCCAAGUUGUAGAAGUUGUUCCUAACAUGGGGACUGCUGCCAUCUGGGAGGGAAUUGUUUCUGGGCCUCCUUUAGCCUGCCCACACUUAGGCCAGUGAUCAGGGUGCAUAACGCGGGCUCCCUAUUGUGAGGGGACUUAGCACUCUCGGAUGGGGCUCACUGAAUCAAAAGGACCGAGGGGGGGAGAGCCGUGGGAGGACCCCAAAAGCCCCCAUUGAGAAUGAGGAGUCUGGGAAAGGAGCUGAGAGUACGGAGCUGCUUCCUCCCAGGAGCUCGGUGCUUGGGUUUCUCACCACAGCUCUCUUCCUCUUCCAUCUGCGUCCUCGCUGGGUUCUGCAGCCUCACAGGGUAGACGACUCCUUUGUUACUUAAGGUUGUUCAGCUUGUAUCAGCUUGUACUUGAGUUUGUUCCUGUUAGACCAGUUGUUCCUUGAGGUUGUUCAAAUGACACACUUUCCCAAUUAGUUCUGGGGUUGACUGUUCCAGAGAUGAUGGAGAAAAAGCACGUGGGUGCUCGUCUCCCAGGAGUGUUGAAUGCCUGCCGCACUGCUGUCGGGAGUGGGCUCCUGGGUCCUGUGUGAGUGUCCCCUUUGAUGACUUGGCAGUUGCUUAGAAUAAAACUUGCUACUGGCAAAAAAAUGUGCUCA